ACAUUUAUUAGUGGCAAAACGCCGAUCCAUAGAAAUUCUUGUCCAGUGGAGCGGAUUCCUAGAAAAAUAUCUGCAAAAUGGCCUCAGUAAUGAAUACCUUCAAAUUGGUGCAAAAAUUAAAUGCCACCAAUCCCGCUUUGUUCCGUCAAGCUGUUAGAAGCAUGGCCGGCUGGAACAAGGAUUAUAAACCAGCCCCUAUGCCCAAAACCGAAGAAGAGCAUUUAGCUGCUGCCAAAAAAUACUUUUUACUGCCCGAAGAAUACAAGCCCUAUGCUGACAACGGUUUGGGCUAUGGUGAUUAUCCCAAAUUGGAAGGUGGCUUAGGUAUUGAAGCUCGUGAUCCUUACUAUCCAUAUGAUUUUCCUGAAUUGAAGCGUAAUUUGCAUGAAACUCUCCAUGCCGAUGCUGAUUUGUACAGUGAAGAUCGUUGGUCACAAGCUGCUCCUCCCCGUUAUGCCAACAGCACAUACUGGUUAGGCUUUUUAGGCUGCAUGGCCGGCUGUUUGGCUUUGUUCUAUUGGUUGGACAACUACAAAAUGUAUCGUCCCGUUGCUGUUAAACAAUAUCCCGGUGAUGGCCGUAAACAUUAUACAUUUGAAACUAAAUAAACCAUAUUUAAAGAUGCUGCUAGUUUGAAUAUUAAUAAAAUUUAUUAUAAUUUUAAAAAAAAUAAUGUAUGAUGGCGUAGAUAAUAUUUUUCUGGAAAAAGUGCACAGAAUUCUUAAAGAUGAAAUGUGUGACUAAAAAAAAUAAAUUCAACUAAUAUAUAAAACCCAUAUAAAUAACAA